AUGAACAGUGACCCGCACACCAGAUUCCAGGCCAAGAAGAAGCAGUCAACGCCGGCCUUUGUUUACGUGAUAGCAUGGAUCGCCAUCAGCUCCUCCGUCAUCCUACACAACAAAUGGAUUCUCGAUACACUCAACUUCCGCUUUCCCAUCAUCCUAACGACCUACCACCUGGGCCUCGCCUCCAUCCUCACCCAGUUCAUGGCCCGGUGGACCAACGUCCUCAAUGGCAGGCACAAGAUCAAGAUGAACCGGCGCGUGUACAUGCGCGCCAUCGUCCCCAUUGGCGUGACUUUCAGCCUCAGUCUCAUCUGCAACAACCUCGCCUACCUCUACCUCUCCGUUGCCUUCAUCCAGAUGCUCAAGGCCACCACCCCGGUCGCUGUCCUCUUGGCCGGCUGGCUUCUCGGCGUCAGCAGCCCCGAUGUCAAGGUCCUGCUCAAUGUCUCCGUCAUAGCCUUUGGCGUGCUCCUUGCCUCCAUCGGCGAGGUCGACUUUGUCCUCGUCGGCGUCCUGUUCCAGCUGUCAGGCGUCAUCUUCGAGGCUCUGAGGCUUAGCCUCGUUCAGAAGAUUCUGAGCGCAGAGUACAAGAUGGACGCCCUCCUCUCCAUCUACUACUAUGCUCCCAUCUGCGCCCUCCUCAACUUCAUGGUCGCUUUGGUGUUUGAGAUUCCCCGUGUCAGCGUUGCUGACUUUGCCAAUGUUGGCCUUUUCAACUUUGUUGUAAAUGGCACCUUCGCUUUCCUUCUGAACUUGGCUGCCGUGUCUCUUAUUGGCAAGACCUCGGCUGUCAUCCUCACCCUUUGCGGGGUGUUGAAGGACAUCAUCCUCGUCAUUGCGUCCAUGAUUAUCUGGAACACUCAAGUUACCUUCCUCCAGGCCUUUGGUUACACAAUUGCACUAUCCGGCAUCGUCUACUUCAAGUUGGGCUACAAGGCCGUCGUCAAGGUCGUGCUCGACUCCGGUGCCUAUGCCAUGAGCAUAGGGGCAAAGCGGCCACUUGUGCGCCGCAUUCUCCACAUUUCGGUUUCUCUCCUGGUCCUCUACGUGCUCCUGCGCAGCUAUAGACCUUCUUCACCUUUCGAUAAAAUGUCCGCCUUGGGAGGCGAAGCGGUCUAA